UCAUCUUCUCAUCUAGCAAGUCAACUCUUCAUCUUCUUCUCUUGGGAAAAAUGGCUUCCUCUUCUUCUUCUUUCACUUUCUUAACCCUAAUUUCGGUAUGUGUUUUUCUCCAAGGAUCCAUUGUCAGUGCUCAGCUAAGGCCCGACUUCUAUAUAUGGACCUGUCCCCCCGUCUUCCGCAUCAUUCGGAACGUCAUCAUCGACGAGCUAAGGACCGAUCCUCGCAUCGCGGCCAGUAUCCUCCGCCUUCACUUCCACGACUGUUUUGUUGCGGGUUGUGACGCAUCGAUCUUAUUAGACAACUCAACCUCGUUCCGGACCGAGAAAGACGCCGCUCCGAACGCGAAUUCGGCCCGAGGGUUCAACGUCAUCGAUCGAAUGAAAGCGGAGAUCGAGAGAUCCUGCCCUCAGACCGUUUCCUGUGCCGACGUCCUCACCAUCGCCGCUCAAACCUCGGUUACUUUGUCCGGUGGUCCAUGGUGGCCUGUUCUACUGGGAAGAAGGGACAGUUUACGAGCUUUCUUCGAUCUUGCGAAUACCGCUCUCCCGGCUCCAUUCUUCACCCUCCCUCAGCUCAAAGCCAGUUUCGCGGCCGUCGGCCUCAACCGUACCUCGGAUCUCGUCGCUCUUUCCGGUGGUCACACCUUCGGAAGAGUUCAAUGCCAGUUCAUAUUGGACCGACUCUACAACUUCAACAACACCGGCAGACCAGACCCUACCCUGAACCCGACGUACCUCGACGAACUUCGUCGGUUGUGCCCUCAGAACGGUGACGGGACCGUCCUCGCGAAUUUCGAUCCCGUGACUCCGGACACCUUCGACAAGCAAUAUUACUCCAACCUUAGAGUCGGAAAAGGACUCAUUCAAAGCGAUCAAGAGCUCUUCUCCACUCCCGGAGCCGAUACGAAACCGCUUGUGGAGUUAUACAGCGGUAGCACGUUUGCGUUCUUCGGAGCUUUCGUGGAAUCGAUGAUAAGGAUGGGAAAUAUUACGCCCCUUACCGGAAAUCAAGGCGAGAUUAGACUGAACUGUAGGGUGGUGAAUCCGCGACCUCGUGGUGUGGAGAGCGAAGAUGGGUUUUCCAGCUCUAUUUAAAAGUAUGUGUACUGAUAUGUAAGAAGAAGCAAAGUGUGUGGUGGAAAGUGUAAUCCGGAAAAUAAAGGGUCUCAUGGCAGUGGAUAGUCAUGAGACAGUUCGGCAAACUUGUGGUGUC